AUGGCUUCCAGUGCUAGUCCGGUCGUUGUGAAAGCCGGAUAUUGGUUUUUCGGGCAUGACUUGAACCGGAAAGUAGCAGAAAUACCUUCCGAACUCUUCACACAUCUUUAUGCUUGCUUUGCCGAGGUCGACGAUGAUGGCCGGCUCAUAAUCCCUGAACCAUACUCGGAACUAUUACGAGACUUCACCAAAACCGUUCGAGUACGAAACCCUUCGGUGAAAACUCUUUUAUCCAUCGGUGGUGAAGGCCCCAACAUAUCUACAGCCAUUGCUUCAGUGGCUAGAGAUGAUAAACUGCGUGACGCAUUCAUUAACAGGUCCAUACAACUAGCCAGGGAGUACAAUUACGAUGGCCUGGACCUCUGCUGGCUGUACCCCUCCAAAGCCGACCAGGAGGAACAGCUUGCCUCGCUCCUCAAUGAAUGGCGAUCUGCCCUGGACUUAGACUUCACGAAGACAAAGAAGCCAGCUAAUAAGUUGCUUCUUACUGCGGCGGUGUUUCAUCACCCGGGCAUUCCUGGUAAAGACGGUAACAUUACUUUCAAUUAUCCCAUUCCGGCUAUUAAUAAAAAUUUGGACUGGAUCAACGUACUGGCCAUUGACUUCUAUACUCCUACUCCCUCCAACUCAUCGCGGGAGACUGGACCGGUUCAUGCCUGGCGUAAUCCUAAAGAGCCAAACAGGUGCGGAAGUGAUGGCAUUGGUAACUGGAUUAAUGGAAUUGGUCCUAAUCCUGUAAAAAUUGACGCCCAGAAGUUGGUCCUUGGCCUUCCAUUUUAUGGCUAUCAAUGGACUCUGGUAAACCACGAUGAUCAUGGAUUCUUUGCAGCAGCUGAUCCAGCAAAUGCAGCCGCAGCAGCCCGCUUGGAGUUCAGAAUUAUCCAGGAAAAACAUAUCAACAGGAAUGCAGGCCGUCUCGUGAAUGAUCAUGACGAGCACCCACCCUCUUCAAAGUCAGAAGAUGCAGGUCAUCGUAGAGGUUUGCUCUCUUAUUAA